AUGGAUAUUGCCUAUCUGAGUAAUGAUGAAGAAGCCCAUCAAUACUGGGACCACCAGCUCCCUGAUGACAUUACUCCCGAUUUUAAGGUUAUGGGUGGAGAUGAUACUCAAGGAAUCAAUGGCUUAUCCUUUUCAAGCUUAUCUUUGAAUGAUAUCAGUGAGAGCUCAAGAUUUUCUGCUUCAACUGAGUAUCCAUCGCCUACAGGGUUUCAGCAUUCACUUCCUCAACCAUGGGACAAGCAAAUUGUUAAUGACGAUCUGCUUCUUGGCAAUGUUCACGAAGGGCCUCAAUAUAAUGGAAAUUCAAUUCAUGCUUUCCUUUCUGACAUGCCAAAUGAGCAGAUAUUACUUGACAAUACAGAUGCGAACCCUAUAGAUUUUUUGGCUUCACAAUUCCGUGGUUUUGCAGCAGAAAGCCUUGCAGAGGUGUAUUUUGCAAGUGGAGGUGACUUGAAUCUGACAAUUGAGAUGCUUACUCAGCUAGAGUUACAGGUUGAUGGAGGUUUCAUUCAGAAUCCAAAUUCACAGGCCUUGUCGACUCCAAAUCUUAGCGCAUUGGAUUUUCCUGCACUUUCAGGAGCAGAUGGUCAAAAUGGCUUGCCAAAGUUUGCCGGUGAUGAUCUCCAGCAAAAUAGUAGUCCUUAUCAGUCUCUAGAGAAGGAAAGCGCUCUCUUAUUCAGAUCAAGUUCAUCUAUUGCCUCUAGAGACGCUAUAGAUUUUGCUUCUGCCGUCAGGAAAAUGCUGCCUCAAGAAUCUAGCAUUUGGAAAUAUAGCACAAAUGGUUCUUCAAUAGCCAGCAUAGGAUCAAGUAGAAGUUCACAAGUGCCCAUUAGCUCUUACAACAGUGGACAGGGAAGAAGCAUUUAUGGCGAUAGGUUGCAAAAUCGGGGAUCAGCUCGUCUGGCACCUACCUGGCUUGAAACUGGAGAAGCUGUUGCAAAUAUGUAUUCUGAAUUGCGGGAGGAAGCUCGUGAUCAUGCACGCUUACGUAAUGCAUGCUUUGAACAGGUAUGCCGUUUGAGUAGACACAAAAAAUUGGGAAAAUGAAAAGAAUGAGAAAAGAAGAAUGAUAUCUUCCUUAAUUUGCAUUCUGGUUUGCUUUUAUGAAGGCGUUGUACUUGGUGGUCUUUUACUCUUUUUCGUGGUGGGGACCACAAUGUACAGUGUGCCACUUUGAGGGUAAUGUACUUUGAUGAAACAUAAUGUCUGAUUAUGAGCUUUUUUGUUUACACUUAAAGUUUGCUUAGUAAGUAAAUGAGUAGAGUGUUAAAGGCAAAUAGUUUCAUUUAUUGGUCAAAGUUGAUUAUGAGUUGCUUAAGUUGACACUGAGGAAAUAGUUACUUCCAUCAUAACUAAUUCCUUUUUUUUUUUUUUUUUUUUUUUUAAUGGAUGAUCCGAUCUACAAGGACCA